UAUAUAGAGGCUGAGUUGGCCCUUGGCAUCGCUGCCAACUCUCGCUCCCUCCUUCCUGGUUCGUUUCGAUUAGAAAAAUCUGCGAGGCGAUGGCUCUCCUGGUCGAUCUCAUGAACCUCAACCUCACAGAAUCAACUGAGAAGAUCAUAGCAGAAUACAUAUGGAUUGGCGGGUCUGGGAUGGAUAUGAGAAGCAAAGCCAGGACUCUUCCUGGGCCGGUGACUGAUCCAAGCAAGCUACCAAAGUGGAACUUCGAUGGCUCCAGCACGGGUCAAGCACCUGGUGAUGACAGUGAAGUCAUUAUCUAUCCUCAAGCCAUCUUCAAGGAUCCAUUCAGGAGGGGGAACAACAUCUUGGUUAUGUGUGACGCCUACACCCCGGCGGGAAAUCCCAUUCCCACUAAUAAAAGGUAUAAAGCUGCCGAGAUCUUCAGUCAUCCAGAUGUUGUAGCCGAAGAGCCAUGGUAUGGUAUUGAGCAGGAGUAUAACCUUCUUCAGAAGGACGUUCACUGGCCCCUUGGAUGGCCUGUUGGUGGAUUUCCUGCUCCUCAGGGUCCUUAUUAUUGUGGUGUUGGUGCUGACAAAGCUUUUGGCCGCGAUAUUGUCAAUUCUCAUUACAAAGCAUGCCUUUAUGCUGGAAUCAACGUCAGUGGGAUCAAUGGUGAAGUUAUGCCUGGACAGUGGGAAUUCCAAGUUGGUCCGGCUGUUGGUAUUUCUGCAGGGGAUGAGUUAUGGGUUGCACGCUACAUUCUCGAGAAAAUUACAGAAAUUGCUGGAGUUGUUCUGUCUUUUGACCCAAAACCUGUCCCGGGUGAUUGGAAUGGUGCUGGUGCUCAUACCAACUACAGCACAAAAUCAAUGAGAAACGAUGGUGGGAUUGAUGUCAUCAAGAAAGCAAUUGAGAAGCUAGGCUUGAAACACAAGGAACAUAUUGCAGCCUAUGGGGAGGGAAAUGAAAGAAGGUUGACAGGGCGCCAUGAAACGGCCGAUAUCAACACUUUCUCAUGGGGUGUUGCAAAUCGUGGUGCCUCUGUUCGUAUUGGCCGAGAUACUGAAAAGGCAGGAAAAGGUUAUUUUGAGGACAGGAGGCCAGCCUCGAACAUGGAUCCUUACGUAGUCACUUCCAUGAUCGCUGAAACAACUAUCCUUUGGAAGCCAUGAGAGAAAGAAGAUGGAGACUAUAAUGGUGGUUGAUUGGGAUGCAUAUUUAAGGCGAUUCUUUAUUUUCUGGUCUGCUAGCUUCUGCUGCUGCUUAGUUUAGUCAUCUAUGCUAGUUUUAUGUCUCGUUGGCUUUGAUUAUCCAAUUUGGUGUCUCAAACUCUCAUUUUCUGUAUGAUGAAAGAUUUUUCUUGAGUGUCGGAUGGAUUAUGUCCAUUGAAAUUAAAUUGGAUAUGGGAAUAAACAAAAUCA